CUGCAGCACACUUUCAACGCACAACAUCGAGAGAUCUCUUCACAAAACAAACACCUGCUCCAAUUCAUCACGUUUUUACAAGACUUGAGUCCAUUAGAGAGAUUUUUAAUUCGCGGCAGAUUCAUUACGGAUUCGUUGCGCACACGCUCACGAUAUUCAUCAAACGGGAUCUUAAUCCUGAGUCAGAAAAGCUAUUCAUCCAUAGAAGAUUGCCAGCUAUAGACCCGAAUCAAAGACACAAGCCGCAUUGUGGUGAGAAACUCCAGCAUCGCAGGAUGGCUGAUGUCAGCUCUGAAUGCAACAUCAAGGUGUUGUGUCGUUUUCGACCCUUGAAUCAGUCCGAAAAUCUCCGCGGGGACAAAUUCAUUCCCACAUUUCAGGGAACUGAUACCGUCAUCGUCGGGGCCAAGCCGUACGUCUUUGACAGAGUUUUUCCGGCGAACUGCACACAAGAGCAGGUGUAUAACGCCUGUGCCCAACAGAUUGUCAAAGAUGUUCUUGAAGGCUACAACGGCACCAUCUUUGCUUAUGGACAGACAUCUUCUGGAAAAACAUACACCAUGGAGGGAAAACUACACGAUCCGAAUGGCAGAGGAAUCAUUCCCAGGAUUUCUGAAGACAUCUUUAACCACAUUUACACCAUGGAUGAAAACCUGGAGUUCCACAUUAAGGUCUCCUAUUUUGAAGUCUACAUGGAUAAAAUUCGUGAUCUGCUUGACGUGAGUAAGACAAACCUAGCCGUUCAUGAAGACAAGAACAAAGUUCCGUAUGUGAAGGGAUGUACUGAGCGUUUCGUCUCCAGUCCUGAAGAAGUGAUGGAUGUUAUCGAUGAAGGAAAAAGCAACCGGCAUGUCGCUGUUACAAAUAUGAACGAGCACAGCUCUCGGAGUCACAGCAUAUUUCUCAUCAACAUCAAACAAGAGCACGUGGAGACGGAGCAGAAACUCUGUGGAAAACUUUAUCUGGUGGACCUGGCGGGAAGUGAGAAGGUGAGUAAGACGGGGGCUGAAGGCUCGGUUCUGGAUGAGGCCAAGAACAUCAAUAAAUCUCUGUCUGCACUGGGAAAUGUUAUAUCAGCUCUUGCUGAGGGUACAAAGACUCAUGUACCGUACAGAGACAGUAAAAUGACACGGAUCCUGCAGGAUUCACUCGGAGGAAACUGCAGGACCACUAUGUUCAUUUGCUGCUCCCCAUCAGCCUUCAAUGAUGCUGAGACCAAAUCCACUCUCAUGUUUGGACAACGUGCAAAGACUAUAAAGAACUCAGCGUCUGUCAACAUAGAGCUCACAGCUGAGCAGUGGAAGAGAAAAUAUGAGAGAGAGAAAGAGAAGAACAAGAGCCUGAAGGAGAACAUGAUGAGACUGGAGGCGGAGCUUCAGCUCUGGAGAAAUGGUGAAUCUGUCUCAGAGAUGGAGCUCGGCCGUGUGUUGCCUGUUGAUUCAGAUCAUGAAACACCUUCAGACACCCGAGAAACUCACACAGACUCAACAUGCACCGAACUCUCAGAGGACGCGAUACGUGGACUCUACAAACAACUCGAUGACAAGGACGAUGAGAUUUAUUUACAGUGUCAGCUGGUUGAGAAACUGAAGGAACAGAUGCUGCAUCAAGAGGAGCUGCUGGCGUCGUCUCAAAGUGACAGUGAGCGUGUGCAGUGUGAGCUGAGCCGUCUGCAGGCCCAGAGCGACAGCGCUAAAGCAGAAGUGAAAGAAGUUCUGCAGGCGCUGGAAGAACUCGCCCUCAACUAUGACCUGAAGAUCCAAGAGGUUGAAGACAAGAUCGUCCACAACCGGCUGCUCACGGAAGAGCUCGCUCACAAAACUUCAGAUCUGAUGUGUUUGGAGGCGGAGUUUUCACGGCUGCAGGAAGUCAGCGGUCAGCAGAGGAAAUGCAUCACUGAGAUGCUCAACAGCCUCAUGAAAGACCUCAAUGAUUUCAGCUUCAUACUGGGAAACGGUGACAUCAGACUGCCGUGUGAUCUGUCAGGCGUGUUGGAAGAGGAGUACGCUGUGGUGUGUGUGUAUGUGAGUAAGAUAAAAUCAGAGCUGAAGUCGGUGGUCAAACGCUGCAGACAGCUGGAGGCUCUUCAGUCCGACUGUCAUCGCAAGAUGGAGGAAACGGGUCGAGAGCUGUCGAGCUGUCAGCUGCGCAUUUCACAGCAUGAGGCGAAGAGGAGAUCCCUGACAGAGUACACACACAACGUUGAACUCAAGAAGAGACAGCUGGAGGAGAACUAUGACAGUCUGAGUGAAGAACUUGCUAAACUGCGGUCUGCAGAGAACGUUUCAGAGGAUCCAUCACACACAGAAGAGUCUGGAAAUGUAAAGUCUCACAAACCUGUGGAGCAGAAGAAAGAUGUUCAGCGUGAUCCAAAACACAAGCAGCUCGGCCGUCUGCGUGAUGACAUCAACCACAAACAGAAGAUCAUCGACGAACUCAGAGAUGAUAAUCAGAGGCUGAGUCUGGAGCUGGAGCAGAUGAGCAUCGAGUUCACAUCGCUCAAGAACAGAGAACAUCAGAAAACCAUCCAGCUGGAGGAGCUCAAAUAUCUGAAUGAACGUCACGAGCAGGCCAAACAGGACAUGAAGGGUCUGGAGGAGACAGUUGCCCGAGAACUCCAGACCCUUCACAAUCUGAGGAAGCUGUUCGUUCAAGACCUCACGGCUCGAGUUAAACGGGGCUCUGAGAUGGAGCUGGAUGAUAGCUGGGGGUGUUCAACCCAGAAACAGAAGAUCUCCUUUCUUGAGAACAACCUGGAUCAGCUCACAAAAGUUCACAAACAGCUGGUUCGUGACAAUGCAGAUUUGCGCUGCGAGCUUCCGAAGCUGGAGAAACGUCUUCGUUCUACGGCUGAGCGAGUUCGGGCGUUGGAGGAUGCACUGAGAGACGCCAAAGAAGGAGCAAUGAAAGACCGCCAUCGCUACCAUCAAGAAGUAGAGCGAAUCAAAGAAGUCAUGAGAGUCAGGAACCCGUUCAGACGACCUCACUCGGCUCUGAUUGCUAAACCGAUUCGUCCAGGACAUUACCCCGCUUCCCAACCUGUCAAUCACAUGGUCCUGCACAGCAGGGAUCAGCCAAUCACCUUCAGCAAUGUGAUGUUCAACGGCGUUCCUCAGAAACACAAAUCCUCAAAAACAAACUCCAGCAUCAAGCUGUCUGAGGAUGAGAGACACAUCACAGCAAUUGCCACCGACUCCAUGAACUCCUCUCAUAACAUGAACAUCACUAACGGUAAUGCUCGAGAUGUCAAUGAUAACAGCGUGUGUCAAAAUGGAGAAUCUACAACCAUCGGGGAAAAUCAGAUCAGAUCAGAUGAACUUCAACAGAAUCACAACGUUCAUGAGCAACACACUGUCAGCUAAUCACAUACAAACACAAACAGGUGAUUCCAGACUUCUGAAUUCUCUUCUGUAUAUUUGCAUGUUGCCUGCCUGCAGAUCUCAGCGAUGCUGUGUUUAUGUGUCCUGUAACCUCACACACUUACAGCGUUAAUAAUGCUCUGAAACCGUCACAGAUGAUGUGAAAGAUCAAGACCAGUGACAUAAUGUUAAUCAUAUUAGUAAUAAAUCAUGAGAAUGUUACUGAUUCCCCAGAACGACCCAACACAGAAAAUGUCAUCUUGCUGUUUGUUCACAAAGGGUAGCGUGAUGGUGCGGCAAAUUUUUUAUGUAGUUGUACCUAUUUUUAUACAGACAUUUGAAUGACAGAGUAGCGUUACGUCAGCCAGUGUAUUUGUUUUGCGUCGAUUUGUAUGCAUUAUUUAGCUCAGCUAUCGUUGUUUAAUGUACACAAACUUGAUAUUGUUUUCACGUAUGAUUACAAACUAUAAAGAGAGUUAGAAAUUCAGAGCAAUGUUUGCGAAAUAUUUAUAAAAAGUUUGAGAUCUAAAAGAAUCGAGUGAGAUGAUUAAAGAUCGAAUCUAUUAAAUAUAUAGAAAAAAGACAGGAGAGAAAACGUUUAUAGAAUAAUUCUUCAAAUCAUGAUUUUCUACACUUCAGUGUAAAAUCACUCUGAAAGACCUGAUAAUAUUACAUAUUAUUUUAUAGUUUAUUAGUUUAUAGUUUCAAUUAUUAUAUUUUAUUAAUUAAUAUAUAUAUAUUUUAAAUGAGCACAUUCCGAAUGUCCCCAAACGAACAUUUUACUCAACUUUACUACAAAUUUGUUCUCCCACCAGAUGAACACGUACACACACACACACACACACACACACACACCGUGAUCAGACACAGUCACAUCAGUCAGUGUGACCCCUGAUCAGAUAAAGAAUCACGUGUGUGUGUGUGUGUGUUUGUGUGUGACCUCUGAACUCUCUGUACAUCCUGAUCUUUCAAUCAGGACGGGAGAAAUCAGUGAUAUUUUUUGAAAGGCCACAGGAUUGUAUGGUAUUCCCGGAAACAUUAAUAUUUUGAAUUUUCGCUUUUUUGGUUUUGUUCACUAUGCCUACUUUAGGCUCUUAAGACAAAAUGUUAAAUGCCGUCUUAUUUGUUGUUUUUAUACUCAUAGUAGCUUUAUGUGGGAUGUGCAUUUGGAAUUUGUAUUUGCAUUAUGUCAUAUGAGUAAUCAAAAUAUAAUGAAGAUUUAUUAUAAAUAAUACACACGCUUGAUCUGGUAACAUCAGUUAUAAUACAUAAUAACAUUGACAGGACAUACUGCAAUGCAUUGCAACACAUGUAUAAGACAUUAUUCAUUCUUAACCUUCUUACAUUUUAAAGAUAACCGCUACAUCAUCUGAUCUUCAGACUACUGGAUGUAAUGAGAAAUCAUGUACAUUACUGUAGAUUGUACACUCAUUCAAGAGAAAUGAAAUAAUAAAAGCUCAGCACAGCCCAUUUUGAAUACUGAAAAGUCAUGCACAGUGAGAUUUAUAAACCAAUAUACCCGCUGAUGGACCGAUGAUGUGUAUGAUAUCAUUUGUUGUGUUUUGUUGUGCAUGACAGAUGUGUCGUCCCAUGAAAACAUCCCAUGUUUCAAUAAAG